CCUUCUAUGUGGAUAACUGCCUCUACAGCACACCAGAUCCUGCCGACGCUAAGGUUGUGGUUGAUGGUUUACGACAAUUGCUGGCAGAAGGAGGAUUCGAGAUACGGCAGUGGGCGAGCAACCUACCUUCGACCAUUGAGCACCUACCACCAGGGGCAAGGUCCAUAAGCAGUGAACUGUGGCUGUCACGGAACAGUACUGACCUCCAGGAACCCACUCUUGGCAUGCAGUGGAACUGCCUUUCAGAUAUGUUAGGGUAUAAACAUCGGACAUCUGACCCUCAAACGCCUACACUGAGGAACCUGUACAAGAUCCUAGCCAGUCAGUACGAUCCAUUGGGGUUCAUAGUACCAUUCACUACCAGAGCUAAGGUCCUCAUUCAGGACCUAUGGAAACAAGACCUAGCCUGGGAUGACCCUAUUGAACCUCAGCAUCUACGAGACCAGUGGACUGAAUGGGAGGCAGAACUUCCAAGCCUACAACAAGUACAGUUUCCCAGACCCUAUACACCAGCAAGUGCAGAUACACCUACAGCUACUAGAGAGCUUCAUGUAUUCUGUGACGCAUCUGAAAGAGCAUAUGGGUCUGUUGCCUACCUACGUACCACAACUCAUGAUGGAGAUGUUCACAUGGCCUUCAUCUUAGCCAGGUCCCGAGUAGCACCUAAGAAGUGCCUUUCAAUGCCUCGUCUGGAACUGAGCGCUGCACUGACGGGAGCCCAACUGGUUAAGCUAGUACUGGAUGAACUGACUCUCACAAUUAGUCAAGUUAUCUGCUGGUCAGAUUCAACCACUGUCCUCCACUGGAUCAAUUCUGAAUCUUGCCGGUACAAGGUUUUUGUCGGCACACGA